AUGUGCAAGUAUGCUAGGCUAGAUUGUGCAGGAUACGAAAAGGGCAUCUUUUUCGAUUUCGACCACGCCACCAAUGCCCCUGGGGAAGGUAUUGCCCGCUUCCGACGGUCGUUAUUGACGGAGGAAGAGCGUAGACGCAUGAGCCAAUGGCUUCUGUCGAGCGUGCCUCCUCGAUCGGUAUUGCGUGUCCUGGCUCAAAUUGACGACAAUUCGACUGCUUCUCAACACGAAGAAAUCCGCCGAGGUCCAUUCGGGGCAUUCAAGGUGAAUUGCGUCCCCAAUACCACUUCAAGCCCCACCGACUCUGUCCAAGAGGGAGAGGAAGGACCCUCUGAGCUGGAUCUGGUGCGAUUGACCAACGACUUCCUCGGUCCCUCAGACUCGGACUUAUCGCCCUGGACUCAAGGGCUAGUCCAGGCCAAUUUCAAUCAAUCCGACCAGAUCUCGCUCCCGACCUCUCCAGAUUUCUGGAACAUGGCUGGGAUCCGGGAGAUGAUCAACACUGCGUUCCCGCUGCACGAUUACUCCUUCCCACAUUACAUACAAACGGCCGGCCCGAAUCAGGCGACAAUCAACCCCCAGGUCUCAGCGCUCACGGCCACCCACGAAAGUAUCCCACAGGAUGCAGUGACACUGCUCAAGCACUACGCGACCACAGUCAUCACCCUCCUGACGCCACUUCGACACAACAAAACGCCAUGGCACAUUCUCUUUAUUCCGCACAUCAAGAACUGCCUCGCUGCUGUCACGUUGGGCGAACAACUCGACCAUGCUAGUCUGACGGCAUUCUAUGCGUCCUUGGCCAUCAGCGCUUUCAGUCUCGGAGGCGUGUCACAGUCUCAGAUGUGGCGUGACCAGGGCAAGUUGUAUAAACAACAGGCUCGGGUGCACGCCAGACUGAUGCUCAAAACUGCCUACGUUGUUCCCAAAACGUCCAAAUACAAGGCCAUCCUGAUGGCUCUCCUCACCAUGGUGCAACUUUCGAUGUGUGCCGGCACCCGUGAACAAACAGACUGUUAUCUUGUCGAAGCAGAGAAGUUUAUCAGGCUCAGGGGUCUCAACCGCAAGAAAUCUCGAAAGUUUCGCUUGCUGCACCACUGUUACGUCUUCGAGAGACUUUUUCAAGAGAGCAUAUACAUCGACAGCACAGAUUCGCAGCAACGCCACCACGUUCGAAAAGCAAUCGAAUCAAGCGGCAUGGCGGUCCACAGCAGCGACCGUCUGUCGUUCCGACCCCCUCAAUUCGUCAAUUUGGAUGAGGAGAUGUCAGAGGUGAAGAGUCUAGAAGUAGGCGAGAACGACCUCCACCUUGAAUGUCUGAGGGAAUUUCCACCUACCUUAUACCCGGAGAUCUUUGGCGUACCAGAAUCUUGGAUGCUCCUAUUGUCACUGACCAUUCGGCUUGCUAAGGAGAAAGACUCUGCCGACUCUGCUGACUCUGUGAGGCGGACAAUACUUCAAACAAUCCCAAUCUGA